AUGGACGAGCUUAGGGAUUCGGUGCAGCCUCCUGAGGCUAGAAAGAAGGUAUUGCCAAAGUUACCAGCCGAUUUAUUCAGCCGCUGGCACGUUGAAGUUCAGAACGUUCAGCUAAACUUCGGCCCGCAACAUCCGGCGGCACAUGGUGUCCUGCGCUUGAUCAUGGAGCUGGAUGGAGAGAUCAUAGGACGAUUAGAUCCUCACAUUGGUUUGUUGCAUCGUGGCACAGAAAAGCUGAUUGAAUACAAAACCUACACUCAAGCUCUACCCUACUUUGACCGUUUGGACUAUGCGUCAAUGAUGUGCAACGAACAAUGCUAUGCGUUGGCUGUGGAGAAAUUGCUCAAUGUGGAGAUUCCUCCACGAGCAAAAUACAUCCGUACCUUGUUUGCUGAAUUAACCAGACUAAUGAAUCACUGUCUGGCCGUGGGAUCUCACAUUUUGGAUGUUGGUGCAAUCACUCCAAUUUUCUGGCUUUUUGAAGAACGAGAGAAGAUGUUCGAAUUUUAUGAGCGCGUGUCCGGAGCCCGGAUGCACGCCGCCUACAUUCGCCCAGGUGGAGUCUAUCUUGAUCUACCGCUUGGGCUCAUGGAUGACAUGUAUCAGUUCUUGGAAAAAUUCGUACAGCGCAUUGAUGAGCUGUGCGACCUUCUACUGAACAAUCCCAUUUGGAUCAAUCGGACGAAAGACGUGGGCGUGGUGAGCGCUGAAGAUGCCCUAGAUUUGGGUUUCUCUGGUCCGAUGCUUCGUGGAAGUGGGAUCAAAUGGGACCUGCGAAAGGCGCAACCGUAUGAUGCUUAUGCGGACAUGGAAUUCGACGUGCCCAUUGGUUUGCGGGGCGACUGUUACGAUCGAUUCGCGCUUCGUUUGGAGGAGAUGCGACAAUCAAUCCGGAUCAUGCAACAGUGUCUGAACAAAAUGCCUCCGGGUGAGGUGAAAGUAGACGAUGCCAAAAUCACACCGCCGAAGCGUGCAGAGAUGAAGGAUUCGAUGGAAGCGUUGAUCCAUCACUUCAAACUGUUCUCCGAAGGCUACCUGGUUCCACCAGGUGCAACCUACACGGCUGUGGAGGCACCCAAGGGCGAAUUUGGAGUGUACCUGGUUUCUGAUGGGACCAACCGCCCCUAUCGUUGUAAAAUUAAGGCACCCGGAUUCGCUCACUUGGCUGCUAUCGAUAAGCUGUGCCACGGAUUUCUGCUGGCCGAUGUCGUUGCCGGACUUUGGAUAUUGUCUUUGGUGAAGUGGAUCGAUGAGCUCAAGUGGCUGUCCCUCCUCUCUCCUUCCGCGAUUACCAAGCCAUCAGUGGACCUACCCCAUCCCGUUCCAAUAUGGAUUUCCUCUUUCUUCUUCGAAACCUUUGGUUUCGGACUGAUGGAUUACGAUGAAUUGUCUCGACACACCAAAGCCUUACUCCACAAUUUACCAAAUAGUUUCUCGGAAUUUGAACAUCGUUUGUUUGGAGUGCUCUCCUCCGACCACCUGUCCGAAACCGGCAAACUGAUCAAAGACAUAUCUGCAACCUUGAACUUGAUUUCGUCCAAUUGUGAUCGGUUAUCGAACCUGCUACACACAGUCGACCCGAUUUCUCGUCGAUCUCAAGCGCGAUUAUCACUAGACCAAAUGCGUUAUGAAUGCAAACAGUACCAAGCGAACCUACAGGCAGCCGAACGUAAAAGGCACGUUGAACUAUUUUUUGAAUCUUUCUUAACUACUCUUGAGUAG